AUGGAAGCGGCUCCCCGCGUCUCCGCCGACCAGGCCCUCGCCAGGCUGGGCUACAAGGCCGAGCUCCCGCGCAACUUGUCCAUGAUGUCCAUCCUCGGCCUCUCCUUCGCCAUCAUGGCCGUCCCCUUCGGCCUCAGCACCACAAUGUACAUCACCCUGACCAACGGCCAGGCCGUCACCGUCCUCUGGGGCUGGGUCCUCGUCUCCAUCAUCUCCCUCUGCAUCGCCGCCUCCCUCGCCGAGAUCUGCGCCGUCUACCCGACCGCCGGCGGCGUCUACUACUGGUCCGCCAUGCUCGCGCCCGCCGGCUGGGCGCCGCUCGUCAGCUUCGUCGACGGGUGGCUUACCCUCGUUGGAAACUGGACUGUUACACUGAGUAUCAACUUUAGCGGUGCGCAGUUGAUUCUCAGCGCGAUUAGUGUUUUCAACGAAGACUUUGUCGCGAAUACGUGGCAGACUGUGCUUUGCUUCUGGGCUGUCAUGUUGGUUUGCGCUGGAGUGAAUGCUUUUGGAUCGCGGUACCUGGAUCUGAUCAACAAGGUCUGCAUCUACUGGACUGGUGCCUCCGUUCUCAUCAUCAUGAUCACUAUCCUGGUCAUGGCCCCCAGCAAGAGAUCUGCCGAGUUUGUCUUCACCCACUACGACGCUUCUGCCAGUGGAUGGGCUCCCGGCUGGUCAUUCUUCGUCGGUCUGCUCCAAGCCGCCUACACCCUCACCGGCUACGGCAUGGUCGCCUCCAUGUGCGAGGAAGUCCAGAACCCCGAACGCGAAGUCCCCCGCGCCAUCGUCCUCUCCGUCGCCGCCGCCGGCGUCACCGGUGUCAUCUACCUCAUCCCCAUCCUCUUCGUCCUCCCCGACGUCACCAUGCUCCUCGAGGUCGCAAACUCCCAGCCCAUCGGCCUCCUCUUCAAGACCGUCACCGGCUCCGCCGCCGGCGGCUUUGGCCUCCUCUUCCUCAUCCUCGGCAUCCUCAUGUUCGCCGGCAUCGGCGCCCUGACCGCCGCCUCCCGCUGCACUUACGCUUUCGCCCGCGACGGCGCCAUCCCCGGCUACAAGCUUUGGAGCCGCGUCAACCACAAGCUCGACAUGCCCCUCUGGGCCCUCGGUCUGUCUACGGGUGUCGACAUGAUCCUCGGCUGCAUCUACUUUGGCUCCAGCGCCGCCUUCAACUCCUUCACCGGUGUCGCCACCAUCUGCCUGUCCACCAGCUACGGUGUGCCCGUUCUCGUGAACCUCAUCCAGCGCCGCCGUGCCGUCGCUAACUCACCCUACCCGCUCGGCAAGUUCGGCACUGCAAUCAACUGCAUCUGCAUCGUCUGGAUCUGCUUCGCCGUCAUCAUCUUCUGCAUGCCCGUCAGCUUGCCCGUCGACGCCUCGACCAUGAACUACGCCUCUGUUGUCUUUGCCGGUUUCGCCUUCAUUGCCAUUACGUGGUACUUUGCCUACGCGAGAAAGAACUUCCACGGACCCCCGGUUGCCAAGGAGGAGUUCCAGCCUGGGCCGGAGGGCACGCUGGAGGGAAAGAUUCCGGGAAACGUUGACUCGGAGACGACGGCGAGUACGGAAAAGAAAUGA